AUGUCUAGUGGAAAACAUUUAUCUAAUUCAUCUCAGAAAAGCGAAGCUAAAAGUGAAUCUGCCCCGGCGGUUGCUUGCAGUGAAAGUACUCCACUUAAAGUUGAUCACGAGGCCUCUGCCAAAGCUGCCCAUUUUAAGCAGAGAGUGGACAAUAAUCCUAUUCGAAAGGUAAAUCUCAUGAAACCAUGCUGUUGGAGUACACAAUUCAAGAAGGAUGGUAAAGAGUGUGGGGUAAUUUUACUCUAUCAGACUGGAGAGAUUGAAAUAAGAUCUUUACCAGAUCUUGAAGUGGUUGGAGAAAGCUCUUUAAUGUCAAUCCUAAGGUGGAACUUCAAGACUAAUAUGGAGAAGACAAUAUGUUCAUCUGAAAAUGCGCAGAUUAUUCUGGUUAUAGGCUCUGGGAUAAGGAGUUAUGAAAGGAUUCCAGAGUCGUUGCCUUGCCUUCAUGAUAAACUACUUACUGCUGCUGCUGAUGCCACUAUCAGUUUAUCUCCCAAUCAGACGAUAACACAGGGUACUACCUCCAGUAUUUUAGGUGGUUUGACUAAGGGGUUCCAAGGGAGCAAGGCAGACCGCAAUGCAGAUCUUUUUGAAGUUUGUAAGAAUAAUUUCGCACAUUUAGAGAGCAUAUUUUCCAGCCCUCCUUUCUUAAAGCCUUCCAUCGACCUUGUGGAUGACCAAAAAGUUGUGGAGCUUAGCAUAGAUGACAUUGAUAUUGAUGAACCUCUAUUUGUCUCAUCUUCAUCUGAAAUGAGCAAGAAUGAUGCAAAAGGCAUAACCCAAAUCUUUUUAUACUUUGAUAGGGGAACCGAAAGGGAAAGACUAUUUGAAGGUGGAAGUACUGAUUCACAGCCAAAGCUCAGAACAGCUGAGGAAAUUAAGGCUAAAUAUAGGAAGGAGGAUGCCUCUUCUGCAGCUGCACGUGCAAAGGACAAGCUCAUGCAACGCCAAGAAAAACUUGAGAGGCUUAGUGAGCGUACGGAGGAGUUGCAGAGUGGGGCUGAAAACUUUGCAUCAAUGGCAAGUGAACUUGCCAAGCAAAUGGAGAAACGUAAAUGGUGGAACAUAUGA